ACUUCAGCUGCAUCUACUCCACUCUUUAACACAAACAUGGCCAGAAUCAUAGGUAGCAGCAGAAAAAAUGAUGAGGUGCUGAGGAUAGUGAUGGUGGGGAAGACUGGAAUUGGGAAGAGUGCCACUGGAAACACCAUUCUGGGACAAAAGUGCUUUAAAUCAAAAUGCAGUGCCACGUCUAUGACUGUAGACUGUUCCAAGGGCGAAGCUGUGGUGGAUGGACAACAGGUUGCUGUUAUCGACACCCCGGGCCUCUUUGACACCAGGUUUGACGAGGAGAAAACAUCUAAAGAUCUCCGCCUGUGCAUCUCUUAUGCUGCUCCUGGACCCCAUGUGUUCCUGGUGGUCAUCGGGGUGGGCAGAUACACUGGAGAGGAAAAGCAGACAGUGCAGAGAAUUCAAGAAAUCUUUGGCCAGACUGCAGAUAGAUACAGCAUGGUGCUCUUUACUUAUGGUGACAACCUUGAAGACUCAUCUAUUGAGGACUUCUUGGAGGGUAGCUCAGACCUGCAGGAACUUGUGGACAGAUGUAAUGGCCAGUACCAUGUCUUCAAUAAUAAGCUGAAGGAUCACUCUCAGGUCACUGAGCUGCUCCAGAAGAUCAGAAAGGUAGCCCGGAAGAACGGAGGAAGCCACUACACCAACGAGAUGUUCCAACAGGCAGAGAGGGCAGUCGAAGAGGAGCAACAACGCAUCCUGAAAGAGAAAGAAGAGCAAAUACACAAAGAGCAAGAGAAACUGGAGAGGAAAAUACAGGAAAAUUAUGAAAAAGAGAUCAAGAAAAUGAAUGACCGACUCCAGGCUGAGAGAGAGAGGGAGAAGAAAGAGAGAGAGGAGGAAAUGAAGAGGGAGAGGCAG